UAUUUUGAAUAUAAUUUAUUCAUAAAUCAACGGAAUCGGUCAAUACAACCAUUUCAAAUCGAACUUUAUAAAUUUCAACAAUAUCAUUAAUUCAUCGAUUUGAAUGUUACCAAAGAAGCUCAUAGAGUUUUCUUGUUUUUAUUUUUGAAAUAAAUUAUAUGGACUAUGGAGUAUGCAAAGAAGAAGAAGAAACUACAUUGCCUUCUUUACGAAAAAGAAAAUUAACUAUAUUUGCAACGGUUUGCAGGAGUGGUUCUUGAGGAAGAAAUUCGGGGUGACAGUCUUCGAGAACGAGCUAAAAUGGCCGUCAACCGAGCCGUUCCAGGGCAGAACAAACUACACCAUCUCCGACCAGAUGCUAGACUUCGCCCUGAAGAACAACAUCCUCUGCCGAGGCCACAACGUGCUCUGGCAGGACCCCAAUUUCCUACCGUCCUGGGUCCGCAACCUGUCGGCGUCGCCGGAGCUUCUCAAACAGGCGGCGGACGACCGCAUCCGCAGCGUCGUGGGGCAUUACCGGAACAAGCUCAUCCACUGGGACGUCAACAACGAGAUGCUUCACUACGCCUUCUACGAGGAAUCGCUGCGGAAUCCAAACGCGUCCUUGGAAUUCUACAAAUUGGCGCAGGAAAUCGACCCGAACGUCACCCUGUUCUUCAACGAUUUCAAGGUCGUCGAGUCCUGCGGCUCCCGGAGCAACGUCGACGCGUACGUCGCGAAGAUCGCCGAGUUCCGGCGCAACGGGAUCCGGAAUCUCGGGAUGGGAUUGGAAGGGCAUUUCUUCAAUUCGCCGAAUCCGGUUUACACCAGAUCCGUUCUCGACAAAUUCGCAACCCUAGGGGUCCCGAUUUGGAUCACCGAAGCCGAUACGAGCGGGAAAUUCGGCCCGGAGAAACAGGCGGUGCAUCUGGAGAUGGUUUUGAGGGAACUGUUCUCGCAUCCCGCCGUGGACGGAAUCGUACUCUGGGCGGCGAUGAGCACCGCCGGGUCGUGCUGGCAAAUGUGCCUCACCGACGGAGACUUCAAAAACACGCUCGCCGGAGACGUCGUCGAUAAGCUCCUCGGAGAGUGGCAUACCGGCACGGUCACCGGUGUUACUGACAGCGGUGGUUCGUUUAACUUCUCCGGCUUCCUUGGAACGUAUAAAGUGAGAGUUGAAAUUCCUUCGAAGAAUUCGGAGACUGUGAUUUCGCUCACCAAAGGCGGUGGACCUCUCACCUUCCAAAUCCACAUCUAAAAAAACUCUACUUAGCUUGUUGUAUUAAAAAAAUUAAAAAAAAAAUGAUUUUAAAAUUGAUUUUUUCUCUACAAGAGGUUUUUCUUUUGGAUGAGACUAUGCUCGCCCAAUAUUGAUGUUUUUUAUCAACUACUACGUAAUUUUUUAGCAUCAUAAAUUUAUAAGCUUGGUUGAACAUGUUUCAUUCUCACAUUAGACCCGACCAAAUCACACACUAUUAAUAUUGAAAUAGAUUAAAUUUAAACAAAUCAAGUCAUAUCAAAAUAUAUUUGCCAUGUACAUGUAUGCAAUUCAAUUUGUCUCCUACACUAAAAGAACAUUCAAAUUUCAAUUUUCAAAAAACAACCUGAUUAUUGGCGCAUCACCUGAAAAGAUGUCAAGUGUGCAUCUAGCGUGGCAAAUUAAGGGUCAAAUGAGCCCUGAACCUGAUUGAAUGAUUUAAUUCACCACUUCAACCAUUUAACAGUAUCAAAAGUACAAGAAAGAUAAAAAAAAUGAAAAUACAUAUACAAAAUAAAAUAUGAUACAAGUUGAAAAUUUAAAUUAUAAAUAUGAGUUAAGUGAACAAUAGCAAAGUGUGAUUUCAAUGGAUUUAAAUGGUACAAAUGAAUUUGAAUAUUGUUUGAUUGUUAUUUGAUUAUGAGAAAUGAUAAUGGACUUAUAUGUGUGAAUAAUAAAAUGAUGAUGCAUGAGGGGAUAAAUCAUUGAGAUGUUGUGAUUAAUAAAUUGAUAUGAAUUCUUAGUGAUUACUUGUGAAUUUCUAUUCAAAAUAUUGAAUAAGACAGGUAUGUAUUGGAAAUGAGCUAUGGACUGCGAGCAUGCUCAGUUGAAACGAGGAAGGCGCGUAGAUUGAUAUGGGACAGUUCGUCUAGUCUUGAUGAGUCUAGCCCGAGGUUAUAUGAUAUGAAAUUAUGAAUUGAAUAUGAUAUGAUAUACUUUGUUGCACUAAUUGAUUUUAUAGUCAAAUGAGGAUAUAGAUGAUACUCAUAUAUGAUAUGCGAGGUGUGCGUAUUCACACGAGGUGUUUACCUAUAGACAAUAUUCACAUAUGAUAUGUGAGGUGUGUAACCUCUGAAUUAUAUUCGUAUAUGAUAUUUCUUUCAAUGUUUAUUGAUGUUGGUGAAUUUUACACAUAGGUUAAAUUGUAGAUUACUUUACCAUUUACUUUUCAGCGUGCAACUAUUAAGAACCUGUUUGGUAACUAA